AUGGAUGAAAUAAAGCAAGAGAAAGGAGGUGAUACUUUGCUGGCAAGUUCGCAAAGUUUGGUCGAUUCUUCUAAAGACAUCUGCAACCUGCUAGAGGCCUUUGAUGAGGGAAGAAACCAAGCGAGCCAAAAUGGAGAAGCUAAGCCAAGAAGAACGUCUACAAUCCCUGUGUUGAUUGAAAGACAAGUUCCGGAAUCCUCAAGUAGUUCAAGUCAGCCGAGCAAAAUACCGGUGCGAGUAAGGAAUGAGUAUGUGGAACAUAGAGGCAGAGCAGAGAUACAUUCUCACAGACAUCAGCAUGGAGCUUUGAUCUGUCACUCAGUGGCCGGAUUACCUAGCAGCCUAAGGGUGCACUCACGACAUACACACCAGAAGACAGAUGCAACAGUCCGUGAUGAAGAUUCUGGGGCGUAUUCCAUUGCUUCUUUUAGAAGGAAAGACGAUGUUAGAAGACUCACUAAGGAUGAGGACGACAGAGACGCCAACGAGGAGGUGACACUAAAGCCUAAAGUCGUGAAUAAAAGAGACGAGAGUCUGUACAAGAUAGGUGGACAGACCUUGGACUCUUAUGGACUCACAAGAAGUAGUGGCAAAGUGGACAUAUCAGAACAAAAAAGAGAUUUAAGAGAGAUUUUAAGGCAAAGUUCUUCAAUAGGUAGUUCAGAUGGUGACCAAGAUAAUGAAGCCACUUCAGAUCAAGAUUGUGAUCCAGAGAGUGGUCUUGGUAAUCAAGGUAGCCCAGUUCCUGAUCUAAAUAGUUACCCAGAUAAUCAAGGUAGCCCAGUUCGUGAUCUAGACGAUGAACCAGAUAAUCAAGGUAGUCCAGUUCGUGAUCUCUAUAGUGACACAGAUAAUCAAGGUAGUCCAGUUCAUGAUCUAGAUGGUGACACAGAUAAUCAAGGUAGUCCAGUUCGUGAUCUAGAUAGUGACCCACAUAAUCAAGGUAGUCCAGUUCGUGAUCUAGAUAUUGACCCCGAUAAUCAAGGUAGCCCAUUUCGUGAUCUAGAUAGUGACCCUAAUAUUCAAGGUAGUCCAAUUCAUGAUCUAAAUAGUGACCCUAAUAUUCAAGGUAGUCCAGUUCGUGGUCUAGAUAUUGACCCCGAUAAUCAAGGUAGUCCAAUUCAUGAUCUAAAUAGUGACCCUAAUAUUCAAGGUAGUCCAGUUCGUGGUCUAGAUCGUGAUCCUAAUGAUCAAGGUAGUCCAGUUUCUGAUCUAGAUAAUGACUUAGAUAAUCAAGACAGUCCAGUUUGUAAUCCACAUCAUGCCUCAGAUAUUCAAGAUAGUCGAGUUAAUGAACAAAGGAAUGCAACACUCACUGAUCAAUCUGGUGACGAUCAGAGUGAUGACGACACUACUACGUGCAUAUCAAUGAGCUUGGAUGUUCCGUUAGAAGAUGUGGUCAGGGCUCGUGGAGUGUGUAAUGACAAUCCUGGCGAAAAGAAAAUAUCGAUUGGAAAAACAAGGACCACUAUGCAAGAAAGUCAUUCCGAUGUCACUGAUAUAUCACUGAGUUUGAUAAAAGCUGAUUAUAUGGAGACUCUUCUGGGAGCAAAUACUGUUAUGAACAGAACUCCGACUUCAAACUAUAGCAAUUCAGAGGAAACAGGAAAACUUCAUGAAAAAGGACUCGAAUCUAACGAUAUACGCAGUAUAUCAAACUCCUCUGGUAAACUUUUAUUACGAGAAAGCGUCUUCCAGAGACGUGAGGGAUUCAAGACCGCAGAAGGUAGCGAGGCUCGUAAACAGGAUGAAAGACGUUUUAGGCUUCACCAAAGCAGCAGUGAUUCAAACGUGUAUUUUAGUCAAUGUUGUAAUGACAAACCUCCAAUGAAGCCGCUAGCAGAACAACCGAUAGAUAACGAAGACAGAAUUAAACCGGUUAUAGAGGCGCUAAGAGAUAGCCAUCCGUGCCAAAGCUCUGUGGAGAAGAGAUUUCUGGACCAGAAGUUGAUUUCAUCUGUGAUCCCACCUCUUGGGCAAAAUAAGAAUAUUGCUGAAGCCAAUGGUGUCAGGGUACUCAACAGAACUCCAGACCUAGAUGGGGCGGAUAAGCAGAUUUGUUACUUGCACUACACCACCUGUGACACUACAGCAAGUAUUUGCGACUUUUGGUGUAAUGCAGAAGAGGAGAUCAAAAUGGAGCCACAAAACAAGGAUUUAAAUAAAAGGAUCGACAAAUCAAAUAUGGGGAGUUUGUCUGCUGAUAUUUCUCUUGAAUGUCCUGAUAGAAGGAAACAGUCGGUAUCACCUGGCACUGACGUGGUCUCAUAUCACUCGAUGAAGACAAAAAAGCACAUCACUGUUCAAAAUCACCCUGAUAAAUGGCGGCAGUCACCGCCGAAGAGUGUAGAAGAAAAUAGAAGUGAACAUCAUAAGAUAUUAGACUUUCCAUAUUUCGAGGAUAAAAGUAGCGAGGAUAAAUGUUCUGGAAUAAUACCAUCAUCUUCGGGGAAGAUACCACUCGGUGGUAGAAGCGCAAGUGAAGUCCUACUCAUUGAUAACUUUAUCGGGAAGGGUGCCUCAGGGCUAGUCGAUGAAAGUGAACUGUUAAGACACGACUUUGGCGCUGAUUUGACAGAAAGUGAUAGUGAGAUCAUCAAUGAGUCCAUUUGUAGAUACAAAAAGGAAAUUGGGAUGCUAGAGAAAAUUUCCGAUAUUCAUGAACUUUUGGAUGUAUCGUUCCGCUCGAUGAAGAAAGAUAAGCCGCAUAUUACAUUUGGUGAGGAUGACAGUGCAUCGUCCCUACCUUCCGUUAAGAUAGGCUUGUCUAGAGAAGAUAGGCUUGUUCUAGAGAACGCUAAAAAAAAGACGGUUUUCCAAGAGGACACGUUCCUGUGCCAACCAGCAAGGCAAGCAGAGAAAAUGGCAUAUGCUGCACAAACAUUUAACCAAGAUGUUGAUUUGAAUCGUGAAGGCGUAAAACAUGCUCUUAGGAAUAAGCACUGUAGUGAUCCAUGUGGUGGUUCAUCCCCUGCCACUGAGGCCUUUAAUGGUAAGCCAUUUCACAGAACGAUUACGCAGGAUACAGCGUUAAAGAGCGUACCUGCAAGUGGAAACAGUCAAUCAAGUCCUGAAUGGGACCCUCAAGAUGGCGUGUCACACUUGUUGCUGCCCACAAAAUGCAAAGGUUCUAAAAGCAACCAAGUGACAGAGCGAUUGGAAAAUCAGAGACUGUCUGUCUAUAAAGAUUUAAGGCGCGGAAAGAUGACUAAGCACGGAGCAUGCGCAGAUAUUGAAAGUGGCGGAAAUAGUACAUACAAGAUCACACUUCAUAACGUGUGCCAGAGACCACCGGUCUUACAAGAAGAGUCGAGGUACACAGAGAUGGCCAAGCAAGGAGCCAGAAAUCUCGAGAAUGACUCCAUGUCACAACAGCCUGCCGUUUGCCUAGAAGUAACCGAAAGAGCUUCUGCCGUUUGCCUAGAAGUAACCGAAAGAGCUUCUGCCGUUUGCCUAGAAGUAACCGAAAGAGCUUCUGCCGUUUGCCUAGAAGUAACCGAAAGAGCUUCCCCAAGAGCAUUAAACUUGGACCAUCAGGGUUUUUAUCAAUCAAAUGCUUCAAUUGCAAAUGAGCACCCCUCUUGUGGACAGAAAAGUUUGUAUCGUGGACGUUGUUACGGAAUCCAUUACAGCUCAGACGAUAGGCUUUAUCAUCGUAAAGCACAACCUCAUUCCAGUGACUGCGCUCAACUCCAUAGUUUUCAGUAUGACGAUCAUGGCCAACAUAGACGAGAUGAACCGAGUAAAGAUUUCUCCAAAUUAAUUUACAAUUUGCAAAAUGACUUGUGCGGCAGACAAGUACAACGCGUCGGUACUUGGAAUCGCCAAGACCCUCAGGAACAGAUGGAGAAUGAUAUUCGUAUAAAAGUGUCUCCUGAGCUUUCAGCCAUACAGAGGUCAUCUUCACGGGGACAGGUUUUGAAUCCACCUGAAAGUAACAAAUGGAAUUUAAACGAAUGCGCCAUUCACGUGAUCACUGUCCCGCUGUCACGUGGUUUGAGGAUAUUGGUGAAAGAAGGGUCGAAUGGAGUCAUGGUCAAUGCGGUAUUGGAGGGAGGUGACGCUGGUUUGGAUGGACGUCUUCUGCCGGGGGAUCGUCUGUUAGCCAUCGAUGAACAUCAGCUGGAUGCCCUUCCGAUGCAACACGUCAAGUCGGUGCUAUGUAAGCUUACGCGGGCCAUUACUAAUAACAAUUAUGCGGUGAUUCGCUUUGAGAGAGACAUGUUUGAUAAUGUUUUCAAUAGCAGCCUAUACGUGACGGAUGACUCGCUUUGUCAGAGCAUAACGCUACCGAAUCUACUAGAAGAUGGAGGUGGUACGGCUGAUGAAGUACUUUCAAAAGACUACCUGACCCAGUGUGUGCAAGAGGACUUGUACCCGCCUAUGCAGUGCUCUACCCCUGAUGCUAGUAAAAGUGAAGCAUCUUGGAAGUUAUCUCGGAAUCCAAUGGCGGAAAUAAUGACUAUACCAGGUAAAAGUUCAGCUUGUUUUACAAACACGUCUUUCAACUAUCUAGGAAACUCACUCACACUUCAGCCAAAUAAUAGGGUGGAUCUGUCCAGGAUGGAGUCGGCCCUUUCGUUCCUGGGGCUUGAUCUCACAGAAAAUCAAAGGCUUGAUUGGCGGUAUAAGCUUGGUAUAGAUGCUGACAGCUAUGUAAACUAUCAAGAUUUUGUGAAAAUGAUAAAGGAUAUCAACGAUAAUACGUUUCGGAUAAAGGAGACUUGUAAAACACUUCCCACCCAAUGUGGAACACCAUCUUCACUACCAGACACCGUCCCUCAAUGCUUUGGAAACUGUGUCCCUAAUGUCCAGAUCCAGACGCUUCUUACCGAAAAGGACCGGAUAAAAGACGAAGUGAGUGUCCUUAAGAAGAAGCUAAAUGAGAAAGCCGAGGUGCUCCAGGGGGUACAAGAGGAGUUAGCAAAUGUGAGAAGGGAUCUUGUGAAAGCAAAAGAAAACAGGAUGACACUACACAGGAAGGUGGCCAGAGCGGAAACUUCCAAAAGAAACACUCUAGCAGUUUCACACGAUUAUGAGUCAGCCAUUAAGAAACUUGAACUGAAUAUUGCAGAGUUGAAAGAAGCAAACGUACCAGUAACCUCGACGGUGGUGCAAAAAUGCCAAGACGUCCAAAAACAGAUCAACAAACUUGUUGCCCGAUUACGUCGCACGGAGAAACGCAGACAGAACUACUACAUCGCCACUCAGAAACUCAUGGCGUUUGCACUCAAUAUUUACGAAGUUUUAAAAGACGAUCCACUUACGCGGAGAGAUAGCAUACGUAGUGUACCUUCAGAUCAUACUUAUCAGUCUGUCACUGGAGGCAACCUAGCUCCUGGUAUACACAAGACGAGUGACAAGAGACAGAGGUUCAUCCUGAAUGAAGCCAUUAAAUCGAUCAACGCCGCUCGCAGCUUAUUGUCUGCAGAGCCCCUUCCCUUAGGGUAGGAAGAAGCAUAUACAGGAGUAGGCACGAAGUACUUCAUCAAUCAUCUGGACAACAUCAUGGAGAUGCCCUCAUGUCACGGAGUGCAAGGGAGGCUCUCAUGGAAAGAAAGGGUAUCAUAGAUGAAA